CCGAAGCAUCUCGAAGACGUUUCAGAGUGCGGGUUGCCUCUUUCUUUUGAACCGCGUCCGUCUCUUGUCUGGUUCAAUUCUGCAAAUUCGCAGGAUCAGAACAUCCUAUCGCUUUCAGAUUGACCCGAUCGAGCCAUGGAAGAAGGAGGAGUGACGACUGGGGAAGUGUCACCCAGUUGGCGGGAUCUCCUCUUUCACAGUGAGAUCCCGCCAAUCAGUACUCCACGUGAUCGCGCGUUUCAUGGCUGCCGAUCUCGUGUUGCCCCGCGCGCCCAGCCCGGACGACCGACUUCCCCAUAUUAUCCAUCAUUAGUAGGCGGAUAAUAUGGGUUUUUUGGUAUGAACCUGGUCGCAUCAGUGAUAGCUAUCUACCGGUAUAAAUUAAUGCGUGCCUCCCCCAAUUCCCACCCCGUAACCUGAAUCACCCUGGUCAGAGCAGUGGUGGGGAAGACGCG